CACCUUCUCAAGGGGCAACUAGGGACGGGCAGUAAAUACUGGCCUGGCCAGCAUCGCCCCCAUCGCAUGGAUUAAUCUCUAAAACAAAAUGGAGCGGCUGGGAGAUCAACAAGAUAUUGAAAGGAGCAUUGUGAACUGUGAGGAGAGUAGUGUGGAAUUCCAAAAGGACAACUAUGAGGAAAAGCUGUUGGCAGACAAGUGACAGUGAAAGGUGGGGAGAGCAUUAAUUUGGCAUGAAGAAUGUGUAGAGGGAAUGGGAAAUAAAGAAUAUAAGACUGAAGAGAAUUCAAGAGCAAAGAGACCUGGGGGUGUACGUGCACAACUGGUUGAAGUGGUUGGAAGGGUCAGGAUAAUAACAACCUCAGCUUCAUCAAGAGGUGAACUUAAGUGCAACAACAGCAGAGGGAAGCAAAGCCUGCAGGUGCCACAGGCUUUCUUCACUCUGUUUGCUGACGAGAGCCGCUCUCCGCCCGAACUGGAAUACAACAACAUGCUGCUGUACUUUGCAGCUCACCGUGACCCAGCCCAGGGAUUCCACCGGUCACUCAGUCUGGCUGCAGGAACAACCCUGACCUGGAAUCCAGAGCCAGACUCCACCACACUCUGGUCUGAACCAUAUAUUGAUCGGCCGUCUGUAAGGGAGAGUCCAAGUGUUCUCGAUGCCCCUCCUGAUGAAGCUGAGAUGGUGCCAAUAUACGCACUGUUUCAGAUCCUGACCCAUGGGGUUGCCAAGACUGAGGACACGCAUCGCCAUAGCAACAAGUAUGAAACAGAACAGCUUUACUGCAAGCAAUUAACUCAGGUGUACAAAGACUUGGGAUCAAAGAACUUUGAAGCUGUUCCAUUUCAGAUUUUACUGAGGCAUCCGUUCAUCAUGGACCUGAUAAAUAAUCCUCUCAAAUUUACCCUGCCUGAUUUCAAGCCCAUUUUGCAGAGGAAGCCAGUGGAAAGUGAAGCAGUUGCAAGCAGCUCCCCCGAACUUUCAGUGGAAACAUCUUCAAACACACCGACCGAGGAUACAGGAGCAAACCGACGAAGACUUGCCAAAUCGUGAAAGCUAUUUGUAAAUGGCAAAUGUAACUGGCUCAGAAUGUGGAUGUCAUUCAGUAACUGUAAUAAAACCA